AUGAGUUAUAAUAUUUUGUUUCAUUUAGUUAAAAGAGUCCUGUUGGGUUUCCAAUGUAAACUCGGAUUCACAUCUUUGUUGGGAGUUUUAGGAAGUAGUUAUGCUCAAAAGAAUCACUUGAUCAUCCUGGAAAUCAAUCGAGGUGAAGGAAAUACCAUUUGCACUCAGAUGAGAGUUUCUCGCGGCAGAAACCCAGCAUCAGUUACACGAUCCAGCUUCACAACUCUUGACCACAUACGUUCAGUUUGGAAUCAGUUAAAGUUUGGUUGGUCCAUUCAGUUCUGGCCGAAUUUCGAUCAAAAUGCAAUAAUAUAUAUGCUCGGUCGGUGCUAUUUCGCUUCUACUUCUGACAAUUCCCCAACUAUCCCGAGAGAUAUAAUUUUGGAUGGAAAUUUUUCAGAUUUUGCUUCAGACUUUGCAAGUAGAUUAUGGUUUACUUAUCGUGAUAACUUCCCCCAUUAUUAA